AUGAAUCAGCUUACAUUCCUACUCCUCCAGCUUGAAAUUGAGUGGGAUGCCGCCUUAGAGCAGUGCCCUGAGCUCUGGGAUGCUGUCCUAGACAAAGCCAAUGUAGCGCUUCGAAAGAUAGACUACUCAAUCGACUCCUUCGUGGUCAUGCUGGCACCUCGUGACCCUCACCAAGCACUUGUGGCCUUCCUCAACUACUGCUUCACAGAUAUGAUCAAAUUCGAUGAAGCCUCCCACACCAUGCUUAUGUGCUACUCUCGGAGUGAAAUCCUGGAUGGACGCGAUUUUAUAUUUGACGGUGUACUCUCAGGCUCCAAGACCAAUGGUCUCAUCGUCCAUGAAGUUGCUGUUGGCGAGUCAUUGCUACAUGUCGAGAAGAAGCUGGCUCCGCAAGCCUCACUGAAGUACUCCAAGCGGCCUAGCAUCAUGGGCUUUCCUGACGAAAUCGACCAGCACCUGAAUGACGCAUUCAUGAUGGCAGGCUACACUGCAUAUGGUGCCCUCGAGCCCAUUAGGACCGCUGUGUCGACUGGUGUCAAAAUUGACGGAUAUGAGUACUCCGUGGUCAAACAAGGCGUGCGACAACCUCACGAAGGUGGCCUACAGCUCUUUCGUGAGCUGACUGAAGUUUUCAGCAAGAUUGUGAAGAAUGAAUUUCCAAAGGAUAGUGCCACAGCCACUGUCUGCGAUGCAGCAGACGUCUUCCGUUCUGGGAAACCGCUGGCGUGGGUGAAAUUGAAGGAUGACAUCGAAUACCUGAAGACUUUGAAAAUAGUCGCCUUCGGCGGAGGGCCGCUGUCAUCCAAGGUUGGCGGCGAGCUCAUAGCAGAAGGCGUCAACCUGUACCCAUGCUACGGGGGCACCGAGUUUGGACCCCAUACGAAGGUCUUCGACAUGGACGAAUCUUCCAAUCCCGCCUCGGGCGCCAAGACGAAGGCAGAUUGGGAAUGGAUGUCAUUCUCCGACCGCGUGACGUGCAGAUGGGUUCCUGAGGGAAACAACACCUUUGAGCUACAGUAUCUGACAUGUGCAACGCAUCGCCCUAAUCUGGAGAAUCUGGAGGACACGAAGGGGUACGCGACAAGCGAUUUGUGGGAGUCGCAUCCAUCAAAGAAAGGAUUGUGGCGCAUAAUUGGUCGCAAGGACGAUGUUAUCGUCCUCGGAGAGAAAGUCGUGCCGAUCCCUCAGGAAGGGGUGAUAGGUUCGUCGCGUAUGGUCCAAGGAGUUGUCAUGUUUGGUCGGGGCAAGAGCCAAUGCGGUAUUCUCGUCGAACCGAAGAAAGGUCAUGCUGUCAACCCGAACGACGUGAACGCGCUGCCAGAAUUCAGGAACAAGCUUUGGCCGAUUGUUGAGGAGGCGAAUCGCACGGCUCCGGCAUUCGCGAGAAUCUUCAAGGAAAUGAUUAUUGUCACAGAGCGCGCCAGGCCCUUACCUCGUACCGCCAAGGGGACGAUUAUCCGGAAGCAAGCACUCAAAACUUAUGAGAAAGAGAUAAAUAACUUAUAUGCGAUGUUGGAGGACAGCGGAAUCUCUGAAAGUAUCCGCCCACCGUCCUCGUGGACUGUGCCCGACAUACAAGCCUGGCUCCUAGAACACAUUUCCGUUAUAUCCAAUGGCCGAGAUGUAAUCUCGCCGUCUAAAGAGCUGUUUGACCAGGGAUUCGACAGCUUGCAUGCCACGUUCCUCCGGACCCGCAUUAUCAACGCUCUCCGUGCUGACCCUCAGACCAAUAUAUUCGCCCUUCACGUAUCGCAGAACUUUGUGUUCGAGCAUCCGACGCUGCAUGGACUCGCCAUUGCCAUCAGUGUUCUCAUAGGAGAGGACAUUCACGAAGAUGUGCAGAACCACUAGUUUCAGUCAAGCGAUGUAGACUGUCCGCGGAUCUCUGGGUAGCUAGUGAAGAAUAAGAUAUAUAAUUGCGAACAUGUCUCGAACAUGACAGUUCGAGUUGGUCAGGCUGCUGGUGCUGUUGGAGUGCUGGGC